GCUUAUUGCCUGCCGCAGGGAACAUUCCAUCUGCACAAGGGACAAUAAAGAACAGUUCUCCUCUUUAUCCUCUGCAUCUGUAAAGUGUUACACUGGAGAUUCAAUGAAUAUUGUACCAUCAAGUUCAGUGGGACAUUCCUGAUCCAACGGAGAGCAUCUCUAGUGCAAGGAGUGUUAUUCUGAAAAGAUGGUUCAUUCAUUAAAAUGGUUGGGAAUCUUCCCACUGAUUCUAUUCCAAUGGCUUGGAACUACAUCAUCACUGAAUCUUGAGGAUCCCAAUGUGUGUAGCCACUGGGAAAGCUAUUCUGUUACAGUUCAGGAAUCCUAUUCGCAUCCAUAUGACCAGGUUUAUUACACCAGCUGCACAGACAUAUUGAACUGGUUCAAAUGCACUCGGCACAGAAUAAGUUACCGCACUGCAUAUAGAAGGGGAGAGAAAACAAUGUACAGACGCAAGUCUCAGUGCUGCCCUGGAUUUUAUGAAAGCAGAGAGAUGUGUGUUCCUCACUGUGCUGAUAAAUGUGUCCAUGGUCGCUGCAUUGCUCCCAACACCUGUCAGUGUGAGCCAGGGUGGGGAGGGCCCAACUGCUCCAGUGCUUGUGAUGUUGACCACUGGGGGCCACAUUGCAGCAGCCGUUGCCAGUGUAAAAAUGGAGCCCUAUGCAACCCCAUUACUGGAGCCUGUCACUGUUCUUCUGGCUACAAGGGCUGGCGAUGCGAGGAACGCUGCGACCAAGGAACUUAUGGCAAUGAUUGCCAACAAAAGUGCCAGUGCCAAAAUGGAGCUUCCUGCGACCAUGUAACUGGUGAAUGCAGAUGUCCUCCUGGCUACACUGGGGCUUUUUGUGAGGACCUGUGCCCCCCUGGCAAGCAUGGCUCUCAAUGUGAAGAAAGAUGUCCAUGUCAGAAUGGUGGUGUGUGCCAUCAUGUAACUGGAGAAUGCUCCUGUCCUGCUGGUUGGAUGGGCACAGUCUGUGGCCAGCCAUGCCCUGAGGGCCGCUAUGGGAGAAACUGUUCACAGGAGUGCCAAUGCCACAAUGGAGGAACAUGUGACUCUGCUACAGGUCAAUGCUAUUGCAGUCCUGGAUACAAUGGAGAGCGAUGCCAGGAAGAGUGUCCGGUUGGCUUAUAUGGAGUAAAGUGUGCCCAAACUUGUCAAUGUUUAAACGGCGGGAAAUGUUACCACAUCAGCGGUGCCUGUCUCUGUGAACCUGGUUAUACAGGGGAGCGAUGUGAGACACCACUGUGCUCUGAAGGGACUUAUGGGAUGAAAUGUGAUAAGAAGUGCCCCUGUCAUUUACAGUAUACACAGAGCUGUCACCCUAUGUCUGGAGAAUGCGCCUGUAAGCCUGGAAGGUCUGGUCUCUACUGCAACGAGACUUGCUCUCUGGGCUUCUAUGGAGAGUUCUGUCAGCAGAUCUGCAGCUGCCAGAAUGGGGCAGACUGUGAUAGCGUGACAGGGAAAUGCAUCUGUGCGCCGGGUUUUACGGGUGUGGACUGUUCCACAGCUUGUCCCCCUGGUACCUAUGGCGUUAACUGUUCUUCUUUGUGCAACUGUAAGAACAAUGCUGUUUGCUCACCGGUGGAUGGCUCUUGUACAUGUAAAGCAGGGUGGCAUGGUGUAGAUUGUUCCAUCAAUUGCCCAAGAGGAUCUUGGGGUCUUGGAUGCAACCUUACCUGUCAGUGUUUGAAUGGAGGGGCCUGUAACCCACUGGAUGGAACAUGCACCUGUGCUCCAGGCUGGAGAGGGCUCAAAUGUGAGCUUCCAUGUCAGGAUGGCACCUAUGGAAUGAAUUGCAUUGAACGCUGUGACUGUAGCCAUGCAGAUGGCUGUCACCCUGCUACUGGAUAUUGUCGCUGUCUGGCAGGGUGGGCAGGAAUGCACUGUGACAGUGUGUGUCCUGGAGGACACUGGGGACCAAACUGUUCUCUAUCUUGUGACUGUAAAAAUGGUGCCUCGUGUUCACCAGAUGAUGGGAUCUGUGAAUGUGCUCCUGGAUACCGAGGAACGACAUGUCAGAGAAUUUGUUCUCCAGGAUUUUAUGGGCAUCGGUGCAGUCAAGCUUGUCCUCAGUGUGUCCACAGCAAUGGUCCUUGUCAUCAUGUAACUGGCCAGUGUGACUGUUUAGCAGGCUUCAUGGGGUCUCUUUGCAAUGAAGUUUGUCCCAGUGGGCGUUAUGGGAAGAAUUGCGCUGGAGUUUGCGCAUGCACUAACAAUGGCACAUGCAACCCUAUAGAUGGGACCUGUCAGUGCUACCCUGGAUGGAUAGGAAAUGACUGUUCCCAGGCUUGUCCUCCUGGGCAUUGGGGCCCAAACUGUAUCCACACCUGUAACUGCCAUAAUGGAGCUUACUGCAGUGCAUACGAUGGGGAGUGCAAGUGUUCUCCUGGCUGGACAGGGCUGUACUGCACGCAGAGGUGUCCUCUAGGAUAUUAUGGAAAGGAGUGCACAUUGGUAUGCCAGUGUCAGAAUGGUGCCGAUUGCGAUCAUAUAACUGGACAAUGCACCUGUCGCACAGGAUUUAUGGGAAAAUUCUGUGAGCAAAAAUGUCCUUCAGCAUCCUAUGGUUAUGGUUGCCGGCAAGUUUGUGACUGCCUCAACAAUUCUACAUGUGACCACAUCACAGGAACAUGUUACUGUAGCCCAGGCUGGAAAGGAGCAAGAUGUGACCAAGCUGUAAUGAUCGUAGUAGGAAACCUGAACAGCCUGAGUCGGACAAGUGCUGCCAUCCCUGCUGAUUCCUACCAGAUUGGAGCCAUUGCUGGAAUCAUUAUCCUUGUGUUGGUUGUCCUUUUCCUGUUAGCUCUCUUCAUCAUCUAUAGGCAAAAGCAAAAGGGCAAAGAUACUGCAAUGCCUGCUGUGGCCUACACGCCUGCUGUACGAGUCCUUAGCACAGAUUACACCAUAGCAGACACCCUUCCACACAACAAUGUGGUGAAUGCAAAUAGUCAGUAUUUUUCAAAUCCAAGCUACCACACUCUGAGUCAGUGCACCACUGGGCCUCAGGUCAACAGCAUGGACAGAAUGAUGGUUUCCAGGUCAAAAAGCAGCCAGCUUUUUGUGAACCUAAAGAACCUAGAUCCAGGGAAGAGAUCUCAUACUAUUGAUUAUACAGGAACACUACCAGCAGAUUGGAAGCAAGGAGGAUUUCUGAAUGAAAAUGGUCUACUGAAAAAUUCUGCUUAUAGCAUAAGUACCUGUUCCUUGAGUAGCACUGAAAACCCUUAUGCUACGAUCAAAGAUCCACCAGUCCUUCUCCCAAAAAACAUUGAGUGUGGGUAUGUGGAGAUGAAGUCACCAGCACGAAGGGACUCUGCCUAUGCAGAGAUCAGCAAUUCAAGCCUAGCCAACAAGAAUGUUUAUGAAGUUGAACCCACUGUAAGUGUUGUCCAAGGAGCUUUUUGUAAUAAUGGAAAAAUCAGUCAAGAUCUCUACGACCUUCCAAAGAACAGCCACAUUCCAUGCCACUAUGACUUGCUACCAGUUCGAGAGAGCUCAUCGUCCAAUAAGGAUGAAAGUACCAGCGAAUGACAUUUGCACGCUAUCAGACAGCAGAACUUUGUGCUGAACUUCUUUAGACUGAUACCCUGUGCAGAUACUGCUUCCUUUCAAAAAAAUAUAUUUGCCACAGGGCAAGUGAAUGUUUACCUUGAAAAAGGCCAAUGAUGGACUAGUGACCUGACGAUAUGGGUAACGGAAUGUUCCCCGAACAAUCUGAGAGUUAGAAGCAGCACAUGAAACUAUUAUUUGUAUGCUCUGUCUCAGCAAAGCUUAACUCUUUCAGUAGGUCACCAUAUAAAACGAUAAUGAUUUGCAGGUACAAUUCUGUAUUAUAUUUUGUAGGUGCUCAUGUUCUUUCAUUUCUCUGUUUAUAAGAGAAAAUGAUGUUAAAUGUUCAUAUAUAUUUUUGCACUGACCUUAAGGUGUCCUGUGGUUAAUCAGAAGCCAGUGUUCAGAACUGAAAUAAUGCAACGAUACCGAAAAUGUGAUGCUGUGCACUAUGCAACGAUACAGCUGAAUACGAACCAGGAAAGCAAUCUCAAGUCCAUUUUCAUGUUGUGGGAUAAGACUUUACUUGAAAAUGGUUUUUAUAAUCUUGCAAAUUACCGUUCUAUUUUAUCAUGUACUGAGAGCAUGGUUUAGAAGAAUUUAAUCCCCAGUUCUAUUUGAACCCCAGAUGAUAGUGGUACUGUAAUGAUUUUAUAAGUGUUACUGAUUUCAUACUACACCCAUUACAAGUGAAACAAUAUAACAGAUGCGAACAUGGUGCCACACUAAGUAAUAACACCAUCCAGGAAGUUCUUUAAUGCACUACACAAUAAUCUUAUUUUAUUUUUUUAAACCGCUAUGUUAAAAAUAUUGGUUCCUGAUAACUUUUUCUCAUUGUACCAAUGGGAUACCCUAAGCUACUGAAGUUUUGAAAACUUUUAAAAACCCAUAAUGAUACAAAAAAGCCACAUUUCAGCAAGUCACUGAGAACACGGGUGCAUAUCAGCAACUCUUUUUUGUAGUCAAAAUUGCCGAAUAAUUUAAUCUUUAUUUCUUGAGUGGGUGUGUAACUAAGCGGAUAUUGUGGUGAGUGUUUUACAUAAGCAGUGUUAAAUUGAGUUUGGUAGGCAAGUGGUUAAUAUGUAUUGUAAUAUAUAAAAUAAAUAGCGAUGUGUAGAAUAUUUUGGAAGUUAGGACAACGGAUUAAUCUCUGUGCAUACUUGCUGAGGAAGGCACCUUUUUUCAUGUUUUAAAUAGUCUUUUUAAAGGCUACAUGCUAAAGCGGGUCUUUUGCAUAGUGCUAAUAAUGUUAUUAUCUAUACCACUAUUUUUUUAGUACAAUGAACCUUCAUUUAAAGAUUUUCUACUGGUUUCAUUUCGUCAGUUUGUGUGUAAAUAGGCCAUAAUGCAUUUAACUAAAACAGAACAACCCAUAAAUGUGUGUAAGUAUGACCACAACCCUGUGUUACUUUAGCCUAUAUGUGAUUUUUGAGCUUUUUGCCAAAAUAUAAUUUUUUUCUUACCUGUUAUAGAACAUUUUAGUUGUUCUGUUGGAAAGAAAUACUGUGUAAAUAAGACUGUUCGGCCAUUUUUUAGACUGAUUAGAUUCAUUCAUAAGGAGUAGACAAGCUUAGUGAACAAUGUUAUUUUGCUAAAAAAGGUAGCUCUCACAUAUGAAAUACAUGGAAUCAGUGCCACAAAUAUUGAAAAUCUGCUCUUGUACAAAUCCUAAUCUGUUCCGUGCUUUGCACAUAUAUGUCACCCGUUUAUUGGAAAGCUAAAUUAGGAAGGGAGAGAGGGCUAUAACUUUAGUCUAUUAAGCCUUAACAAUUUGCAGCUUUGUCUAUAAAAUCAUAUGAAGCCAUACCUAUGUUUUAGUUGUACAGUAACUGUGGAAAUAAAAUGUUAUCCCGAGACCAUGUUUUUUUCAGUAUACACAGCAUAGCUCAUCUUGUUAAUAUGCGCUAUUUUAUUGAAAAUGUGGAAAACCAAUAUAAUCUUGUCAACAAAAAACCUGUUGAAAUUCUACAAUUUUUGUACUUAUUAAAUACAAUAAAAUGUUUAUUGCUGAAA